CUGUAUGAAGAAAGAAACUGUGCACUCGUCAAAUUCCGAGAUGUCGAUUGUGGACGCCAAUGGCUUCAUAGUUACCUCGAUUGGGACCUCGAUGGGAAUUACUAUGUGACGGUACUCGGGGGCACUCGGUGAAUGGGGGGGUGGGGGACUUGGAACUUGAGGAAGUGGAAGUCUGUUCAAGUCUUGUUAUCGACCUCCCAUUCUGUCCCCCAUUGUGAGCGUGUGUGUGUGUAUGUUUGUGUGUGUUAUCGUUGCCGCUUUUCUGGUGCGUGGCUUGUUGCUCUGUCCAGGGUUAGAGGCCCGCUUGCCAGGGAAGGGUUUGCUAUUUUUUCCGCCACUUCCGAGUCCGCGCACCUUGGGGUAGCUUCUUCCGCUUUCAGAUCUAUUGUUCCCGCGGGGCUCUGCCGCCAUGGGGCUCACCUUCACCAAGCUCUUUCAGAAGCUGUUUUCUAAGCGGGAGAUGCGUAUUCUUAUGGUUGGUCUCGACGCAGCUGGUAAGACCACUAUUUUGUACAAGCUCAAGCUCGGCGAGAUCGUCACCACCAUUCCCACCAUCGGUUUUAACGUGGAGACUGUUGAAUACAAGAACAUUAGUUUCACUGUGUGGGAUGUCGGAGGUCAGGACAAGAUCCGUCCAUUGUGGAGGCAUUAUUUCCAAAACACUCAGGGUCUUAUCUUUGUGGUGGACAGCAAUGAUAGAGAUCGUGUUGUGGAAGCCAGAGACGAGCUUCAUCGGAUGUUAAAUGAGGAUGAGUUGCGUGAUGCUGUCCUUCUUGUGUUUGCGAACAAACAAGAUUUGCCGAAUGCAAUGAACGCUGCAGAGAUUACCGAUAAGCUUGGUCUCCACUCACUUCGGCAACGCCACUGGUACAUCCAGAGCACCUGUGCAACUUCCGGAGAGGGUCUGUAUGAAGGCCUUGACUGGCUGUCAAGUAACAUCGCAAACAAGGCAUAAUUGUUGUUGGCUAGUUCUGUGUUUUCAUCCAAAAGCUUUUAUGCAACCCAGAGAGUGGGCACCGUUCCUUUUGAAUUUUGUAUGUGCAGAUUGGCUGCCACGAUGUUCCCUCAGUGCUGUAGAAGAGCAGAAUGCUGUAUUAAUGAAACGUGCGUGCCUUUUAUACGUUUCUCUUCGUCGCUUGCGUUACUACGUCCAGCAGGGCCACUCAUUAUCAGUUUUGUAACUCUUUUACAUGCAGUACAGUAUUCUGGAAUUUGUCUCAGUCCAA